AUGGAACGAGUUCAAUUUAAAGUAAAUGAAAAACAGUAUUCUGUGGGUAGCGAAGUCGAUUCCGACACGACUCUUCUGGACUACCUUCGCGAAACACUAAAGCUUUGUGGAACAAAAUAUAUGUGCUUAGAGGGUGGCUGCGGAGCUUGUAUAAUCACUGCUACAAAGAACAACGAAGAUGUCCCUCAAGCAAUAAACUCAUGUCUAGUGUCAAUAACCUCAUGCCAAGAAUGGGAUAUAAAGACAAUAGAAUUUAUAGGUAACCGAUUAAAGGGUUACCAUCCACUGCAGAAGGUACUUGCUGAUUGUCAUGGUUCCCAAUGCGGUUACUGCACGCCGGGGUGGAUCAUGACAAUGUAUAGUCUCUUGCAAACUAAAAAACCUACAAUGCUUGAAAUAGAGAAUUCGUUUGGAAGUAAUGUCUGUAGAUGUACUGGAUACAGACCAAUUUUACAAGCCUUCAAAAAAUUCGCUUCGGAUGCUCAUAAUUCCUAUGAAUUAUCCGACAUCGAAGAUUUGAAAAUAUGUGACAAAUCUGGUGACGUAUGUUCAAAGAGUAAUUGUUCGGAACUUGACUGGUGCAUGGUUUCUAAAAGUGAUAUUCUAAACGAAAUACUGCAUAUAGAAUUAAGUGAUAAACGUCAUUGGUACAGAGUACAUACACUAUCAGACGUAUUUGCUAUUUGGCGAGAGAAAGGAACAGAAUCGUAUAUGCUAGUCGCUGGUAAUACUGGCAAAGGUGUCUACCCAAUGUUAGAAUAUCCCAAUCUUCUAAUAGACGUGACGGACAUUUCAGAAUUAAAAGGCUUUUAUGUAGAUCAAAAUUUAGUGGUUGGAGCUGGUAACACAUUAACCGAUGUAAUGAAAAUAUUCAAAACUGUAUCGAAGACUGAAUACUUCAGCUAUCUUAUUGGACUCAAUGAGCAUUUACAACUAGUCGCUCACAUAGCUGUAAGAAAUCUGGCAACGAUAGCCGGUAAUUUGAUUUUGAAGAACCAACAUCCAGAAUUUAAAUCGGAUAUUUUUAUUAUUCUUGAAACGGUCGGCGCACAGAUAACAAUUAUGACGGCAGUUGGACAAUCAAAGACUUUAACAUUACAAAAUUUUCUUAAAGAAGACAUGAAAGGGAAAAUAAUAGUGAAUGUUCUAUUACCACCUCUAAACGAAUCACAUAAAAUCGUCACCUUUAAGAUUAUGCCUCGCGCCCAAAAUGCUCAUGCUAUUGUUAAUGCGGGAUUUUUAUACAAAAUAAACGAAAAUCAAAAUCAAGUGAUAUCUUGUAGAAUAGUGUAUGGAGGACUCAGUGCAAAAUUUAAUCGUUCGUGGAAAACAGAACGAUACUUAGUUGGUAAAUCGUUAUUUAGAAAUGAAACAUUACAAGGUGCAUUAAAAAUAUUAGAGAACGAAAUAAUAGUUACUGAGAAUUUACCUGAUCCGCCUGUUCAGAGGGCUUACAGAAAGAUAAUUGCUUUAGGAUUAUUCUACAAGGGUCUCAUUUCUCUGUGCCCGUCAACUGUAUUGCACCCUCGAUAUCGUUCAGGAACCGUGAAAUUGCACGAGAAGCGACCGGUAUCGGAAGGUCAACAAGUAUUUGAUACUAACCCUAUACUGUGGCCGUUAAAUAAAGCUAUACCAAAAUUGGAUGCAUUGAUUCAGUGCGCAGGUGAGUCUGAAUAUACAGAUGACAUCCCAACGCUUUCGGGAGAAGUUUAUGCUGCAUUUGUGUUAACAACUGUUGCUCUUGGAACAAUCGAAAAAAUAGAUCCUAGCGAGGCGUUGAAAGAACCUGGAGUUAUAGCUUUCUAUUCAGCUUCUGAUAUUCCCGGUGUAAAUAGUUUUACACCACCAGUGAAUGAAUUUAAUUUAAGCAACGAAGAACUGUUGUGUAAUGGUGAAGUUAAAUUCUAUAAUCAGCCUCUUGGUAUUAUUGUUGCUAAAUCUCAAAAAAUUGCCAAUAAAGCAACAACCUUGGUUAAAGUGUCAUAUAGUAAUGUAAGAAAACCAGUAUAUGAUAUAAAAUUGGCGAAAAAUGAUCCCAGCAAAGUUACGUUACUAGACACAAGAGAUGCUACGACGAGAGGAAAUGAUAUUAGCAAAAUAAUCAAAGGUGACAAUACUGUAUAUGGUCAAUAUCAUUUUGCAAUGGAAACAUUGUUAUGUCUAACACGUCCAACAGAAGAAGGAUUGCAAUUAUUUGUGACGACUCAAUGGAUCGAUACAGUACAACAGGUUAUUUCAAGGAUGUUGGAAAUCGGGCAUCAGAGAAUUGAUAUUUAUGUUCGCCGACUUGGUGGCGCAUUUGGUAUAAAAAUAAGUCGAGCAUCCCAAGUCGCUGCAGCAUGUGCUUUGGUAGCUUAUAAGCUUAACAGACCAUGCAGAUUAAUAAAUACUUUAAGUACAAACAUGAGAGCUGUUGGAAAGAGGUUGCCUUGUUCUACAAACUUCGAGGUUGGCGUGAAUAACAAAGGCGUUAUCCAGUAUAUGAACUAUGAAUUAUACUCCGACAAUGGUUACGUUCUAAAUGAACCUUUCCUCAAUAUGACUUUUGAAUCAUUUACAAACUGCUAUAGAACGGACGCGUGGAACUACAAAGCCUUCAAUGGUCUAACCGAUACACCAUCAAACACAUGGUGUCGUUCUCCUGGUUCCUUGGAAAAAAUAGCGAUGACAGAGUUAAUAAUGGAACAGAUUUCGUAUGAAUUAAAUCAAGACCCUGUCGAAGUUCGCUUUGCUAAUUUAGAUCCCACCUUUCGAGAUGACAUUAAUGAAAUUUUGAAAACUUUAAAGGUUAAUUCUAAUUAUACGGAAAGAUUAGUUUCAGUCGAGAAAUUUAAUUCCAAUAACAGAUGGAAAAAACGAGGAUUAAGAUUUUCUUUUCUAAAAUGGGCUCCAGUCGGAUACCAACAUUUAAAUGUGAAUAUGUCUGUCUAUAAUGAUGACGGCACCAUAUCUAUAACCACUGGAGGAAUUGAAAUGGGUCAAGGUAUUAAUACACGAGCGACGCAAAUAUGUGCGUAUAUUCUCAACAUACCUAUUGAUAAGAUUCAAAUAAAACCCAACAAUACAAUGACAUCACCUAAUACGCUACCAUCAGGCGGUAGUUUGAUUUCACAAAAUGUGGGUAUAGGUGUUCGAAGAUGUAGCGAAGAACUGUUGAGAAGAUUAGAACCUAUCAGAAAGACGAUGGAUAAUCCAACCUGGGAAGAGCUAAUUAAAAGAGCGUUUGAAAUGAAUGUCGAUUUACAAGUUCAUGCAUUUGUCAAUGAAUCUGAUAUACAAAAUUAUAACGUAUAUGGAAUUACAUUAGCAGAAGUAGAAAUAGAUGUUCUGACAGGAGAAUCGGAAAUUAUUAGGGUCGAUUUAAUCGAAGAUGUUGGGAGGAGUAUUAAUCCUGCAAUUGAUAUUGGUCAAAUUGAAGGUGCUUUUAUAAUGGGAGUCGGUUAUUGGACAUCUGAAAAUCUAGUAGUAGAUGGUCAAACGGGAGAAUUACUGACAAAUCGUACCUGGGAUUAUUGGGUUCCGCAAGCGAGGGAUAUUCCGCAAGAUUUCAGAAUAUAUUUCAGAGAAAAAUCUUUUAGUACAGAAUUAAUCUUUGGAGCUAAAGGAACUGGUGAGCCGGCAACGUGCAUGGGAAUUGCUGUACCUAUCGCGAUGAGGCAGGCGGUAUCAGCAGCACGUUUGGAGUCUGGGAUACCAAGUACAAAUUGGUUUCCUAUAGAUGGUCCAUACACAGUAGAUAAGGUUGCCCUCUCGUGUGCCACAAGGAUAGAAGACUUUAAAUUUUACUAAUAUUUUAUAAUUUCAGCUUAAAUUUAUGUUAUUUUACAAAUCACU